CACUAAUAUCUCAAACUACUUUAAAAAAUUUUGUUAGUCAAGAUGAAGAUAUUGAAAAUAGUCAAAAAUUUAGUGAAAUCGAUGAAAUUAGUAAUGAGAAUAGUAAUAUUAAAAUACAAAGAUCAGUUGAUAGUUCUGAAGAUUCUAAUAAUAAAAGUUUAAGUGAAGAUAGUCAAAAUAAUGAUCAUCAAAAAAGAAAAAGAACAAAAAAAGUAGUUAGUAGACCUGAAGAUCUUGUAAUUAAUGAAUUUAUUAAACUUGGAAUUAGAGAUAAAUAUGA